AUGAUUAGUGCUAUUGCUUUAAUAGAUUCUACUGGAGAAUUGAUCGUUCUUAAAACGUAUAGAAAAGAUUUCAACCAAUCAGCAUUCGAUAACUACAGAUUAAGCGUUAUUGCUCCUAACGAAAUUACUUCGCCAAUUGUUUUAAUAGAUGGAACGUCUUUUCUUCACCAUGAAGAAAAUGAGAUAUUUUAUGUUGGAUGCACUAAGCAAAAUGCUGGUGCUGAUGUUAUUUUCGAACUUUUAAACCAAAUUCCAAAAAUUUUAGCAAAAGUUCUCAACGUUUCAGCCUUAUCGGACAAAAAUGUUCGAGAUUAUGUACCUGAUAUUGUUGAAAUUUUCGAUGAAAUGAUUGAUUCUGGAUAUCCACAGUGCACUGAACCAGAAACAUUAAAAAUUCUUACAGGCCAUGCUUCACCCAAUUCCACGCAACUUCCUAAUCCAAUUACAUCGAUGGCUACCGGCUCCACGCCAUGGCGUCUCCCUAAUAUUUCGCAUAAUAAGCCAACAGUCAUUGUUGACGUUACAGAAAAGGUUUCGCUCUUCCAGACUCCUACAGGACAAACUCUUAAUCAUUCCAUUAACGGUGUUACAACAAUGAAUGCUGUUCUUUCUGGAAUGUCUGAAUGUAAAAUUGAAUUUAAGGACAAGCCAUCGUCAUCAUCUGAUAAAGGUGGCCAGGGUGGUAUUGAUUUCGAUGAUAUCAUUUUCCACCAGUGCGUUCGUUUAAACAGAUUCCAAACAAACAAAGAAAUCUCAUUUAUCCCUCCUGACGAUAAAUUCGAGUUAAUGAGAUACAAGAGGACCGAAAAUGUCCAAGCUCCGUUUGAAAUCGUUCCAACAGUUAAAGAUCUCGGUGGAAAUAAACUCGAAAUCAGCAUUUCGGUUACAGCAACAUACAAUUCGUCGCUAAAAGCUACUCAUUUUACAUUACAUAUCCCUCUUCCACAGAAUACAGCUAACGUUACCUUCGAAUGCGCCGAAAAGACCCGUGCUAAGUUUGAUGAACUGAAAAAUGCUGCUGUCUGGACGAUUAAUGACUUUGUCGGCCAAGGACAUUCACAAAUUGUAAUUAUUGCACAAUAUCUUUCCGCAUCUUACAAAUCUUCACCGGCAACAAAGUUAAAUAAGCCGAUUUCAGCGGAAUUCCAUAUUCCAAAGCUUUCUAUGUCAGGAUUGUCCAUUCUCAACUUAAAUGUGGAUAAAGAUAAACCAGAUAUCUAUAUCCGCUAUGCAACUGAAGCUGGCAAGUUCCAGAUUAUGAUGCCUUCACCUGAUGAAACAGAGUAA